AAAAUCAGUUGGAAAAUGUUGCAGAAAUCAAUUUGUAUAAUCUUUGUAAUAAGUGCUUAUGCCUUAUUAUCUGAUGGAGUACCACAUUCUCAAUCUAAUGAGACCAAAGUAGUUGUUACAGUAAAAAUUGAUCAAUCCGAGAGGGAUCUUCUUAGAGCAGAGUUGGAGAGUCAGAGAAAGUUGCUAGAUCGACUCGUUAAGGAAUUGGAUCAACGCAUUUCGAGGUCUUAUCCGCUCGAUUGCUCCGAGGUUAAAUCUAGUGGGAUCCACGAUAUUCUGAUACCCAACUUUAGUAGUGAACCUUUUAAAGUUGUUUGUGAUGCCAGCACUAGUGGAGGUGGCUGGACGAUUAUCCUGAGAAGGAUGGACGGAAGAGUAGAUUUCUAUCGCAAUUGGAAUGCGUAUAAAAACGGAUUUGGAGAUCUUAGUGGCGAGUUCUUCAUAGGUCUGGAUAAACUACAUGCAAUGACGGAAAAUAGUUGUCAAGAGUUACUUAUCCUUCUCGAGGACUUUGAGGGAGAAACAAGGUUUGAAAAGUACGAGGAAUUUGCAAUCGGUGACGAGGACCACAAGUAUGUCUUACACACUUUGGGAAAAGCCAGUGGAACUGCGGGAGAUUCACUUACACAUCAUCGUGGCAAGAAAUUCUCCACAUUUGAUCGAGAUAAUGACGAUUGGAAAGAGGGUAAUUGUGCAGAAGUUAGUACUGGCGCCUGGUGGUACUUCGAUUAUAUGUGUCACUUCGGCAACUUGGCAGGAGUAUAUAACGACACCAGCAAAAGAAAAGGCGUCAAUUGGUACACGUUUCGGGGCUGGUAUUACUCCAAUAAAAGAGCCAUAAUGAUGAUACGGCCGAAGAAGUAAAUACAUCAACGUCCCAUUAGCCAAUUUUAUAUAUUCUGCGAUCCUGUAUCCUUACUCUGUAUUCAAAUAUGCAUGUUUAAAGAGAAUAUGUUAAGGUAAAGCUACUUUAAUAAAAAUAAGAAUGUUGUGAUCUUUUCUCAUUUUGCAAAA